UGGUUUGCUGAUUGCUGUUUUGGCUAAUCACAAGAAAUCAUGUGCACUCUUACAGUGCAUAUUUUUUGAGUCCAUAAAAAUUACUCAUGUCCUUUUGUAGUGAAAUUCUGUUCAGUAUUUGCGUUACGUUGUUUGUUAGUUCCAGGUAAAAGCCUGACGUGAACCUCAGCUCUCAAUAUUUUUACUUGUUUCCUCUCACUCAAGUGUUAUACCUUAUUUCCUUGAUUUGAUUACAUUCCUCCUCGGCAAUCAUUGACGCUAGUUCUUUCUGAAAUGUAGUUUCCAAAUUUCUACAGUUUGCGAGUCAUGCCCUUAAUCAUCAUCACUGGGUUUCCCAGUAGUGGAAAGUCUUUGUGGGCAUCAAGAAUCCAAAAGUAUCUUCUGUCGGAGCGCAACAAAACUGUUUGUGUAGUGUCAGACAACGAUGCCAUUGCCACCUCUGGAAUUCCGAAAAAUGAACUAUAUUUUGAUUUCCAGAAAGAGAAGCAAAUCCGGGGUAUCUUGAAAUCAGAAGUUUUAAGGCUGCUAACACAAGGUGACGUCGUCAUAUUUGACGCCAGCAAUUAUAUUAAAGGUUACCGCUAUGAAAUGUACUGUGCAUCAAAAAGUGCUAAGACAACUCAAGUGACAGUGGAGUGUGCUAUAUCAACAGAGAAAGCAUGGGAAUUUAAUUUGAAGAGACCUGAAAGUGAAAGGUACACAGAUGAAGCCUUCAAAGCGCUUUGUAUGAGGCAUGAGCCACCUGACUCAAGAAACAGGUGGGACUCACCACUAGUGACUAUCCAACAUGACGAUGAACUUCCCGGCGAAACCAUUUACAAAGGCUUAUUCGAACGGCAAGCACCUCCACCAAAUAUGUCAACGCAAUGUACUCCUCUCGCCUCGACCAAUUUCCUGUAUGAACUGGACAAAACAACGCAAGACAUUAAUUCUGCUGUUCUAUCUGCCAAAAAUCUAUGCCUGUUGGGGGAAAAUGUAAAGUUGCCUGGUUACGAAAAGUACGAGCUUUCGUCCCUAGAUUCAAGUGUAACACCGAUAAAACUGGCAAAACUAAGACGGCAGUUUCUAUCAUACACCAAGCUGAACCCUCCCUCUCAACCGGAUCUCGAUAAAAUCGCAGCUUCGUACUUUGAAUUUUUAAAUGCAAACCUAAAACAAACGUAGUAAAACCCUUGCAACUUCAUUAAGAAUUUCAUUGUUUUUAGAUGUUCAGACUGAUUUUUUAUAUUUUUUCAAGUAAUUUUUCAAUUCAUAGGUAACAGCAGACAAAAUUGUACGUGGACAAAAGAAGUUAACACACUUGUCAGUGUAAUCAUCUCUUCUUUAUUUAAGAAACAAUCAAUAACAAAGCAUUAAAAAUUACACCGUCAUAGGUAACUUACAAUAGUCUUGGGACUAAGUUGAGUUGAUGUUAAUGAAAAUGCAAACAAAAGUGCCUCUUUUCAUGUGCAUCUACCCAUUCUGCGGCAGAAGUAGAAGUGUAAAUAAACGUGAAUUGACGAUUC